CAACCAUCAAAUCAGCUAAAGAGCCUUUAUAAAACGGUUCAACACCUUCCUUGGCGAUAAUCUCCAAGGUUUUUGAAAAGGCAGGACGACGCAUUAUAUCACCAGCCUUUAAUAACCUUCCAUAAGGAGCAAUAACAGAAGCCCAAACUGGGUCAUUAAUCAGGUCUUUAGUAGUAUCAUCCAGCAAGCAGUGUUCCAUUGCCGGUGUUACUGUAAAUCCUUCCCUUGCAAGCUUGAUACUUGGUUCGACAAUUUUGAGCCACUCAAGCUGUCCAUAAUGAUCCCAUGCAUGAUAUAAACCGGCUAAUUCGCCGGGAACGCCAAUGGAUAGAGCCCCAACCCGGGCUAGCAUAGGGUUUCCGUCAAACAUAUGCUUGGAGGCAUUAGCGGGAGCCAUUUCACGAAAAUUAAUGGAGCGAGCUGUAUCAUUUGGCAGUCGAAUAAGCAUAAAACCUCCUCCACCUAGACCGCUAGAACAAAAAUUUACAGUACCAAUACAAAGAGUAGAAGCCACCGCCGCAUCCACCGCAUUCCCGCCCAUUGCUAGGAUGUCUAUGCCAAUGUUAGAGCAUCCAACGACUUCUGUCGCGACAGCGCCUGACUUUCCUUUAACUUUAUGUCCUGUAAAUUGACCCGGGGGAUGAAGAGGAGGGUUAAAUGCAUAAAGGAAUACGAGCAGAGCUAAGAUCCCAGUUCCGAAUAUUAGCAGUGCGACAUGACGUAUCUUAAAUCGAAAAUAUCGAUUUUGACGAGCGCGAUGUAUUUCUUCCCAGUCAGAGUCAUGUUGGUUUGUCAAAUACGAACUCCAGUCAUUCAGCAACGGAGUUGUAAUUGACAAAUUAGACAUAUUAAGUAGAGAAUGAUCCGUUGUUUACUAAAGAUCUGAACGAAGAAUAAAGACAAUAUGAAAUGAAAUAAACAAAGAUAUUAGGAAGUAGAAAGAUUGUCAAGCGGCAAGAAAAGGUUUCAAUGACUUUCCGAACACUGAUUUGGCUCAGAGAGAGAUUGUCGCGCGUUUAGGAUUUCAGAUUGAGUUUUCUACUGAAUCCUACAACGUUGAAGGACCCCGAAAAAUGAAUCACGAGAAACGAGACCUUUUCCUUUAUGGGAACCUAACUUGCUAUUCUAUUGUGACCGAUUAGAUCCUGAGCAAUUCAGGUCUAACAAAAAAUUCACGAAGCCUUUCACCGUCCAAACGCUCAAAGACUAACAAAACAAUUUGAAGAAUUUAUAUAAGAAAAGACUGUUUAAACACUUAUAAGUCUCAGCAAAUCAAUGGAAUGAUUAGGAAGAGCUUUGCGAGAAGAGUGAGGUCUGUACUUAACACUGUAAUGCGUACGGAUGCACUUUGUUCAUUCCUCCUGCUACACGCGACAACAGCAAAAGAGGAGAUACCAUUCUAUCUCCAAACAGUAGUGAGUAUUCUCAAGGAGUAAUAUAGACUAGUUCUUUUGGAAGCUGUAAUAUUAGUUAUUGGCUUUUUGGCUAUCAUUUUGGUUUCUUUUGUGAAAUAAAAGUUUGAAGGAGGGAACGCGUCCUUGUUACACUGAAAGACCCGUGGUUGAAAGAAAAAGCUACUUUUAUAGACUAACAAACUCUUGAUUGUGUGUUGUUAUUUGGAGUUCUUUACAAAUAAGCAAAAUAUAGAAAACUGGAUCUUUUACCCAGUUCUCUUUCGUCGUCGAGCUACAUCAUUUAUUUUUUUUUUUUAGAAAAAGUGGGAUACCUUAUUGUUGAUUAUUGAAAUGUCAGAAGCUCAUUUGGUAGAUGGUGAAGCCUUGCAAUUCCGCAACUUGAAAUAUGCAGACCUUGGACCAGUUACGGCUCUGAACCUUCGUGCUUUUCAGGACAGUGACACAUGGCAAUGGAGAUUUCGCGGUGUCUCCCCUUCAGGUUUGGUAGCGAUUACAAAGCAUUUUGGCAGAAAAGCUUAUUUCGAUCCUCAUGUAAAAUGCAAGGUAGCAUAUACUUCGUCCCGUCCUUACCUUGGCUUUUUGGCUUAUGAGCAGUUUCCUCAUACUUCUUCGCAGCUCUCUUAUUAUCAAAAAUUGAUGAAUUGGGUGAAUUCUCUUUAUGAGCGAUUUCUUUAUUGGUGGUACGAUGCUGGCGCUGUCAAACGUCGCAUGCAGUACAAUGAGGUCCAAUAUGGAACUGCGCUUUACAAAACCGGUUUAUUUAAUCAUCCUGGUGGCUUUUUACACGUUCACUUGGUUGCCGUUGAUCCGGAAAUCCAGAAAAGGGGGAUUGGAAAGGCUUUACUGAACAUUGUCCAUAAUGAUGCCGAUAUGCAUCGUCUUCCUUCCUUCUUGGUUGCUAGUACGAUCGGUUUUGGUAUGUAUGAACAUUUAGGCUAUCGUACAGCUGUUACUACUGAACUUCGUGAUGACGAAACUGGUGAAAUCGUUAAAAUCAGUUCAUGCAUGAUAAGAGAUGCCAAGAAGGAAUAGACAUGUAACCUACUGGUAAUAAUACUUUCCAUAUCAUGCUGCAUCACCUUAAUCUUCCUUUAGAUACUUGAUGCUUUGAUAGUUCCCUUUCUUCUGGUCCCUAAAUACCAUUUCCGCAUACGAAAAAUGUUCCUUAUAAAUUGCUGAUGUUUCUGUCUCAUUAUUCUAAAAUAUAAAAAUACUACACUACUAAUACCUAAUGGUUAUCUGGAAAAAUAACAAAACAAAAAAUCACUUCUCAACAAAAUACUACAACGUAUUGUUUAUGACUGUUAAUAAUUAAAAAAACAUACCGAGCAUUUUACUUAAGUGAGAUAUGGGUGCAUUUACUAUUUCUUUGUGGUUGGAACAAACUCUUGCAUAUCUCUAACAAAAGAUAAUAAUCAGAUAUCACCAAAAAUAAAAAAAAAAGCUUACUAAUUUUUCUUUUGUUUUCUUGCAAGAAUUCGAAACAUAUCUAUUUAUUUAUAUGAGUAGUAUAUUACAAGUGCAUGCGCCAAGUAUUACCUUUUCACACUCUCCUUUUUUUCUUUUUCAAAUAACAAGCUUUCCAAUAAGAUAUAUAAUUAUAAUUAAUAUACAUACGUUUCCAG